AUUCACUUGAGCAGGAACAACUUCACGGGAACGAUACCUGAGACCAUCUCAGGUCUUGACAACUUGGAGCUUCUUGAUUUUUCUUACAACCAUCUCCACGGUUCCAUUCCUCCUUCUUUCCAGAGCCUCACUUUCUUGUCGAGGUUCAGCGUUGCUUACAAUCAUCUCACGGGGGGCAUACCUUCAGGUGGUCAGUUCUACAGCUUCCCUCACUCGAGCUUUGAAGGAAACUUGGGACUUUGUCGCUCCAUUAACUCUCCUUGCGAUGUUAUGAUGAGUAAAGGCUCUUCACGUAGUCAUGAUAACAAUAAUGGAAAGUUCGGUAGAAGCAGCAUUGUUGUACUUGCGAUAAGUCUGGCCCUAGGGAUCACUCUGCUUCUCUCUGUUAUCCUACUAAGACUCUCGAGAAAAGACGCUGAUGAUCGAGUCAACGACGUUGACGAGGAAGCUCCCUUAUCAUCAUCAUCAUCAAAGAUCGUGCUCUUCCAUAGCUGUGGAUGCAAAGACCUGACUGUAGCGGAUCUGCUCAAGUCUACAAACAGUUUCAGUCAGGCAAACAUUAUAGGAUGCGGCGGGUUCGGUCUUGUCUACAAGUCCAAUCUACCCGACGGCUCAAAAGCGGCGGUCAAGAAGCUCUCUGGUGACUGCGGGCAGAUGGAACGUGAGUUCCAAGCUGAAGUCGAAGCACUGUCGAGAGCUGAGCACAAGAAUCUCGUCUCUCUUCAAGGCUACUGCAAGCACGGGAGCGAUAGGCUGCUUAUCUACUCGUUUAUGGAGACCGGGAGCUUAGAUUAUUGGCUGCACGAGAGUAGUACGGCUCUCAGAUGGGAAGUGAGGUUGAAGAUAGCUCAAGGAGCGGCGCGUGGGCUUGCUUACUUGCAUAAAGUCUGUGAACCUAACGUUAUCCACAGGGACGUGAAGUCGUCUAAUAUUUUAUUAGACGACAGGUUUGAAGCUCAUCUUGUGGAUUUCGGGUUAGCGAGGUUGAUUAGGCCGUACGAUACUCAUGUGACAACUGAUUUGGUGGGGACGUUGGGUUAUAUACCUCCAGAGUAUAGCCAGUCUUUGAUAGCCACGUGUAGAGGAGAUGUUUACAGUUUCGGUGUGGUGCUUUUGGAGCUUGUCACGGGGAGUAGACCAGUGGAGGUUUGUAAAGGGAAAGGUUGUAGGGAUUUGGUGUCUCGGGUGUUUCGGAUGAAGGCUGAGAAGCGUGAAGCUGAGAUUAUUGAUGCAACGAUACGUGAAGAAGAUGUGGAGGAGGAGGAGGUUUUGGAGGUGUUGGAGAUUGCGUGCAAAUGCAUUGAUCAUGACCCUAGAAGGAGACCGUUGAUUGAAGACGUUGUUGCUUGGCUUGAAGAUUUUCCAGUAGAGUCUGUUGAAGAAGAAUGAAACAAACCCUUUUGUAAAGGAUCUUUCUUUAGUUUUGGGAAUGAAAUGAAAGAGUGUAGAUCAGUGGUUUUUGAUAUACAUGUAAAGCUAUGAACUUUUCUUGAUCCAAGAU